AUGUCCGUGACAGCAGUCGAACAAGCAUUAGAGCAGCUUUAUUCGCUGAGUUCCACACCCGAUGCAAAAGCUGCGGCACAGAACUGGCUGCAGCAGCUGCAGAAAGAACCGGCAGCUUGGGAUGUUGCAGCGCAACUAUUGCGGUCACCGUCUGCGAAUGGACGAUUCUUUGGAGCAUUGACUUUCCAGACGAAGAUAACGACCGAUUGGUAUGGCAGGGCGUUCGGAAGGGAGGGACACUCAGAGGACUAUUACCUACAGACCCAUUUUCCUUACAGGAAGUCUCUAACCAGAGAACAGCUUGAGACCCUGCGGGACGAGCUACUACGUUGCUUGCUUGAUCAGGAGAAUCCUCCAUUCGUAACGAGGAAGCUCUGCGUUUCUUUGACUUUGUUUGCUCUACGGGACGAUACAAAAAUAUGGCCAAACUUCAUAUCCUCCUUCUGCGAGAUGGUGGACGAGCGAAUGCAGAGGACGGCUGACCAGGACGUGGCUGUCCAGUUCCAGAUGAUUCUGAUGGAUUUUCUGACGCUGGUGCCGGAGGAGGUUCUAAAGGCCAAUCUGGACAAUAGGCGAAAGGCACAUAUUUCGCAGGAGAUGAUGGACAACACAUCCCUCGCAUUGGGGAAAGUGCAGGCAACUCUAGUGGCAUCUGCACCUUCCAACCUUACGGAUCCGUCGCUCUUCCGGCAGCUGAAGGCCAAAGCGUUGCGUUGCAUGCUGAGUUGGGUCCAAUAUGAAGUACCGAUGGGGCUGGUCGCUCCGUUAGUGCAGAUUACGGUCCAAGCUCUGCCGGAACCGGAUUUGUUCGAGACUGCCAUGGACGUUCUCGCCGAUUUGAUGCUCUGCAAGAUCGAUCCGGUGCUGAAGUCAUAUCUGAAAGAGAACAUGCUGCUGCUCAUUACGACUGGAUGGUUGCAUCAACAGUUUCUGAAAGCUAUUGAAGGUUGGUUGGCGCAGACGAGUCGCAUUUGCCGCCUCUGCGUUGAGUUCGGGGACGGCUUGUUCACCUGCAAUGCCAAAACGAUGACAAGACCAGAGACCAUAACAUUUCUGAACAUGAUGCUACAGUUCACCGCGUACGGUGGUUACUUCGGAGCUGAUCAGGAGGUCUCUGAACUACCUUUGGAGUUUUGGGCCUUGCUACAAGAAGAAGUCGAAACCAUCCAAGAUACUUAUGAAGAUAUGAGUGAGUCAUCAGGCGUCCGGUUCGUUGAACCGGAUGAUCUCGACGUGCCUGUAAACCUGUCAGGAGUCUUACUUGAGGGCGUGGAGAACACUGGCCUCAGCUCAGGCUCGCAAGCAAAACGCGACCAACAUGCCGCCGCGCUGGAAGCUGCACGGACGGUUUUUGGGAAGCUUGUAGAGAUUCUGUGCCAGAAAAUGACGUUUCCGCCAGAGGCUGAAUGGACUGAGUGGCCCAAAGAUCUCCGAGAAAAGUUCAACUUCUAUCGUCGCGAUUGUAGUGAUACCAUUUUGCUGGCGUAUGAUGUUCUCGGAGAGGGAGUACUGGCGUAUUGUGUACCCCGCGCAAUCCAGCAAUGGGCCGAAGUAAAGAGUCGGGUCGCCCCAUGGCAGGUGUUCCAGCCACUGGAGGCCACUUUAUACGCCAUCCGCUCGGUUAGCGACUCUGUCCACGACGACAAACAACAAUGGCUGGGCCGGAUCUUUGGCGCUGAUUAUUUGGCUCAAAUCACCGAACUCGCUGCUACGACCAUAGCUAGCAGCUCCAAGUCCUUCGUUCUUACAAGGCUCAGAAUCACCACAUGUCUGCUCAUUGGAUCAUAUAGUGAAUGGCUCAAGGAGCAUCCUGACCAUUUACGGCUUGCUAUUCGAUAUCUGGCGACGUGCGUAACAAGUCCGGCGGUUGCGAAAGCUGCUGUCGACGGGCUUCUCACCAUAUGUGACGUGUGUCGCAAAGAGUUGGUUGAGGAGGUUGAUCCAUUGAUUGAGCUUUGGUUGGGUGCUGGGCCGUCCUUAUCGCUGAUCCCGAAGUCUAGGCUGGUGAAAGCGAUUGGGAAUGUGGUUCAAAGCUUACCAUCCGAGGCUCUGCUGCCCAGGCUAUUGGUGCUGAUAGAAAGCAUCAUUAAAGACAUCAAGACGGCGCUAGAAGGAGGGCCCCAGGAUGCCGACAAGGGUGAAGAGAUCGUCAUACAGCAGUUGACUUGCCUGAGAUCCAUAUGCAAAGGUAUCCAGCAACCGGACGACCUGGUGUCCUUGGUAGUAUCGGAACACGACGCGCCGCCCGCUCAGGGCACUAGCGAUCCACAUCAGGCUAUGGUGGCUAGUGUCAUGUGGGAUAUGACGCAGGGCAUUUGCAGGUCCUUUGCUGCUGAUGCUGAGGUUAUGAAGGUGAGCGUGGAAAACAUGCGUUCUGGAUGUACCUCCAGGGAGCUGUACGGUCCUAAACCAACCCCGUGUCGAUAUCAGGAACUAUGUUCCUUCAUCAACGAAGCAUUGCGCAACUCCCUACCAAUCUUCACUCUCAACCUCCGGUCUCUGAAUGACCUGAUCGUCCGAAACUACUCCGAACAUUUGCAUGCAUGCUUCCUCGACACGGCUGCCGGCAUCGUCACAGCAUAUGGAGGAAGUUGGGCCGCGGGCGAACCAGUCAGUGCUGACGAUUGGAGUCUGGCGAGCCUUCUUUCCGAGCUGUGUAGAAUCACAAUCGCGUUCCUGCAGCAGCACGACGUGGUGGAAUAUCCCGAUUUGGUGCAGUCUGCGUUUGCUAUGCUCACAAGGUUCGCUGAAAAGUGCCCUCGGGCAUUCCUCACAAUUGACGCCAGCCUGACCCAAAGCCUUUUCGGCGGGCUUCUGCUCAGAGGCCUAUCGGUACAUGAAAGGUUCGCGGUAGAGCCCGUCGCACAUUUCAUAUCGGUUUUUGUCCAUCUCGACAGUGGCGAGUCGGAUGUGGCUGCGUUCGUGCGAGGUGUGGUGGAGAGCGUGGGCGCCAACAUUGUCUAUGAAUUGCUUCAGAACAUCGGUGGACGACAACCGCGUUCUAUGGACGAAAAGUUCGCGGAUGUUCUCUACGCGUUAUUGGUGAAGUACCCGCAACCGAUGCAUAAAUGGAUGUACGAUUGUCUGGCGCAGGGCGGAUUCCCCUCCCAUCAUGCCACCGCCGCAUACAAGGAGUCGUUUCUUAAGAACGCGGUUGGCGGAUGUAUACCCCGGCUGAGUAACAGCACGCUGCCGACAUGGCCACGCCUAAUGGACGGAACGCUUAAACAGUCGAGCCCCCAAGCCAUCCACCUAGUAGGGCGGUUCCUUGCACGACGAGCAGAUAAAGUGCAGAAUGGGAUGUUCAUCUUUUGCAGUGCGUGCGGAGUGCGGAGAUGGUUGAAACGCGUGACUGUUCACAGAACGCGUCGCUCACACCUCCUCCCUUUCCAGACAUGGCCUUCAACAAGGUUCCUAGACAUCAAGUACCUCCGACUGGCAGUCCUUAUGGCCAAUGGAUCGGAUGGAUCAGAAAGCACGCUUGGGUAG